CUAAAUCCAUGCCGCUAAAAGUUAAUAAGGUUCUACUGGGUUUAAUGGCAACUAGGCUCCGUAGCACCGGGGCGCUUGCUUGCAAUCGGCGUCCGGAGAUCGGGUUCAUGUCAAAAAUCUACAUUUGAACUCGACGGCGCGCCCUUUACUCAACUCGGCCUCCCUUUCAUCGACAAGUAAUGGAUCCUAAAUGAGGCUAUAACAAAGAGUGUAUUUCUUUCUCUAGGUCAGGGUUAUAAGCUAGCUUAUUGGCUUGUUGGCUUGUCUGGUUCUUCAUUGUGUCCUUCUCAUCCUGUCUUCUCACUGUACCCUACAACACGAGACGAGACAAGACGAGAUAAGACGAGACGGAAACGAAGAUUUAUCGGGAUGGAGCCAAGCGGUGGACAACAGCAGGAAAAUGGCCAGAAUGGCCAGGAUACAAAACCGACUGUGUGUUUUUUAGGUCCGGUUUCAUCUUAUACGCACCAGGCUACACUAGACACGUUUCCCACAGACAAAUUUAACUUUCUCCCCGUAGACACAAUUAAAGACAUCUUCGACACAACGCAAUCCGGCCGCGCAGACUACGGCGUCGUGCCCUUCGAGAACUCAUCCAACGGCUCCGUAGUCUUCACUCUGGACCAGUUCGCCGACCGCGCCGGCGAGUAUCCCGACUUAGCCAUACACGCCGAGAUCUACCUCGACGUGCACCACUGCCUAGUCGGGCACUACUACCACCGCUCCAACCGGCUAAACCUCACGCACGUCAAGCGCGUGUACAGCCACCCCCAGGCCUUCGGGCAGUGCACCAAGUUCCUGCGCGAGACCCUGCCGGGCGUCGAGACCAUAGACGUCAGCUCGACCAGCCGCGCCGCUGCUCUGGCCAAGGAAGACGCCACCGGGACCAGCGCGGCCAUCUCGAGCGCUACCGCGGCGCAGAUGCUCGGCUUGGACGUCCUGGCGCGCAAUAUCGAGGACCGCGAGGACAACACCACGCGGUUCUUCGUGGUGCGGCGCCGCGGCGCGCCUGUCUCGGCGCUAGAGGAAGCCCUUAGCGAGCGGCGGCGGGCGCGGGGGCACCAAGACGCAGAUGGAGGAGACGGGGAUAGCGAUAGCGACAUCUACUCGCACAGCAAAUCCCUAGUGUCCUUCACCGUCCCGCACCGAUCCCCCGGCGCCCUGGCCGACGUGCUCGAGUGCUUCCGGCGCGCGCGCCUCAACCUAACCAGCAUCAACAGCCGGCCGAGCCUAGCGCAGCCGUUCCAGUACGUCUUCUUCGUCGAGUUCGAGGGCCAUCGGCUGCGGGACCCGGAGGGCCGGGUGCGCGACGCGUUGGCGAACGUCGCGGCCGUGGCGCAGAGUUGUCGGUGGUGGGGGAGCUGGGAUAAUAUGCGGUAGGAAGGAAAAGGGGGGGAGGAAGCGUAUUAGCGAAUGAAUGAAUUGAAUGGACUUGGCUGGAGUGGGAUGAAAUAAAAGGGGGUGAGGGAAGGGAAGGGUGAGGCGGGAAAGGGGGGAACGGGGGGAGGAUAGGAAAAUGGAAAAUAAAAAUAAAAAGGGGGGUGAGUGGUCUCGGAUGUGUUAUGCCGAGAAAAGUUCUAUCGGCGUUUUAAGUGAGCAUAUGCUAUGUUAUGUUCUAUCUUCUACCCUUCUAAAAGGGGAUGGAAAGAGGGGACGAAUUAUAAAAAGAGAAUAGGAGAUAUAUACCUAGAUAGACAUCUAUCUUAAAAAUAUUCAUCCUUAGCCAACCAUUAAG